CACAUUACAAGUACAGAGGAGGAGCAUUGUUCACCAGAGGCCAGCGACAUUGAAGAUACAGAUAAUGAUGAUGAUAAUCUGGAUAAUUUGCAAUUCACUGAAUCAUUGGAAAGCAUUGAAAGUGAAAAACUUCUGAUCCCGACAUUUCAAAAUGGUUGUGACAAUCCUGAAGAUUUAACUGAAAUGCCAUACGAAUAUGACACUUGUGUGAAAUACUACCCAAAAUUGGCAAGACCACAAGGGACGAAUAUUUUGUUUGAGCGUGCGUUUAUUCGAGAAAAUGUGAAGUUAUUUGAGGACAAAUUAAGGAAUAUAUAUCAAGAGCCGGAAAGCAGCAUUUUUUGGAAAGAGGCCAGUUUUAUAAAGAAGCAUGACAUUGGAAGGACAAACUUCUGGCCCCUUGAUUAUUAUGAUAUGGGAUUGGAAAUAUUGUAUUAUUUACAAGCAUUGCAAAGCGACAUUGAAAAGAGAAGUGUGGCAAUUCCAAGCCCGAUUAUGACAAGAAUAAUUAUACCCGAAAUUCUAACUUAUCUAAUGGCCAAGAGAUUCAACAUAUCUAUUUCAAAGGCUUUUCUUAUAUUUAAAGACCAAUCAUUUAAGGAUAUUGAACUUUGA